ACCGCGCCUAAGCGUUGUUGUCCACGGGACGAUGAACCGACGUCGAUCCGCACAGAUGGCGCACACGGCUACUUGCAGUUAAUGUACUUGGCAAUACCGACGGCCUACGGCGUACGAUGAGGAAAGUGAGGUUUGCCGAUUGUCAACUGCGGCCGGGAUCGUACCAAUAUGACUGAAUGCAAGUGUAUUCGGGAAUUACGUUCGGGUUCCAGUAGAUAGUGAAUGACGGACGCUGAUCGGAUCUAGGAUAUCCGUAUGGACUAUGGAUCACAUGAUGUGCGUCAUCGGAAUGUCGCCCUCAUUUUGUUAUCGACCUGAACGCCAUGGCGCUCCUCGCAGCAGAGAGCGACCUCUUCCGAAGGCCCUCGCUAUUCUCCUCGCCACGUCGCCACUCACUCUCACACGUUCGCAUCCGGUCGGAGGGCAGCGCCAGCGCAGAUCUCGGCUGUGUGCAGGAUGGGAUGGAUCUUGCGAGCGUUUGAGGACCAGCGCAACAGUCAUGGUCAUGAACACGACUCCGACCACAGACAUGGCGUCCCCGCACCUACAGACUCGCGCCCUUGUUCAAUGGGCACGCAGGCACAGGCAGCUGGGGCUACUGCCGGCGGGACACGAACACGGCACACGUUCCAUACCGCCCAGAUCUUCGGGGCGAAGGCCAGAGCUCGGGAAGGACAUGGCGGGGUGCGUGGAGAUUGAGAGUGGGAGUGGGAGAGGAGAGAGUGAGGGUAACAGAGGGGACAGCGGCGUCUCCACAAAACCCCCAGAUCGGAUGAGGCCCGACAAUUGACGCAUAGUCGUAGAAAGAUUGGAGGGGGACGCCAUGCGUCAUAAUCCCACGCGCCCAUGCAGCCUCCUCCUCCCUCCUCACAUUGUCGCUCAUCGUCGCCGCCCUCGUCCUCAUUCCCACUCUCCCUCUACACACUCGUCGCAUCGCCUCCUCCUCUUCCCACAUCCUCACCUCUCACGUUCCCACC